AUGAACAGCUCUGAUCCGGUGGAGGCGGCAGAGGUCGCCAAAUCGGCGGCCUACGCUCAUGAUGCUGCUGCUGCUACUGCUCACGAUGAGAAGCAGAAGCAUCCUGCAUCCGAAGUGCGCCCGGACAUUUCUUCCGACGUCGACGUGAUUCAAGCAACCUCGGAGAAAGUCGCGGUCGGCUCAUCGGGGGCCGCCUACGAUGAGGAUACCUCGCUGCAGAAGGCGUUCCCCAAUCCAGAGGAGAUGCAGACCCUGCGUCGUGUGGCUGGCAAAAUUCCCUGGACAGCCUACACCGUGGCUUUUGUGGAGCUGUGCGAGCGUUUCUCAUACUAUGGCACCACUGCAGUGUUUGUGAACUUCAUUCAGCGUCCCUUGCCUGAAGGCUCCACCACCGGUGCGACUCAUGGAGUCGGAAACCUGGUGCCAGGUGCUCUGGGAAUGGGCCAGCAGGCAUCUACAGGGUUGACUUUGUUCAACGCUUUCUGGUCGUAUAUCAUGCCGCUGGCUGGUGCGUUCAUGGCCGAUCAAUACUGGGGUCGGUUCCGUACCAUCAUGUUCUCCAUCGGCGCUGCAUUGGUGGGACACACCAUCCUCGUCAUCUCCGCUAUCCCUCCUGUCGUCAAGAAUCCUGAUGGAGCUAUUGCUUGCUUCUCUAUCGGGUUGAUCGUUAUGGGUAUCGGCACUGGCGGUUUCAAAUCCAACAUCUCCCCCCUGAUUGCAGAGCAAUAUCGAGAAGACACCCCUUUCAUCAAAACCCUUCCGUCAGGCGAACGCGUCAUCGUCGACCCGUCGGCCACCGUCUCCCGCAUCUACCUCUACUUCUACAUGAUGAUCAACAUCGGUUCGAUUUUGGGUCAAGUCAGCAUGGUGUACGCGGAGAGAUAUGUGGGCUUCUGGCUGUCCUACCUCCUGCCCACGAUUAUGUUCACAUUCUGCCCAACUGUUCUGUUCCUCUGCCGCAACAAGUACUAUCUGGUCAAGCCGACGGGCUCAGUCUACCUCCAGGCCUUUCGCACCUGGAAGCUGGCUAUGAAAGGGCGCUGGUCUCUCAACCCGGCCCGGAUCUUCCAGAAGAAUCCUAGGCCGUUCUGGGACUCCGUUAAGCCCAGUGCGCUUGGUGCAAACCGACCGGAAUGGAUGACCUUUGAUGAUGAAUGGGUGGACGAGGUAGCCCGUGGAUUGAAGGCCUGCAAGGUGUUCCUGUGGUACCCACUCUACUGGCUUGCGUACAACCAAAUGUUGAACAACCUCACUUCGCAGGCAGCGACUAUGCAACUUGGCGGCGUCCCCAACGACAUCAUCAACAACCUGAACCCUCUGGCUCUGAUCAUCUUCAUCCCCAUCAUGGACCAGCUUGUCUACCCGGGUCUUCGUCGCAUUGGAAUCAAGUUCACCCCCUUGAAGCGCAUCACGGCCGGUUUCUUCGCGGCCGGUCUGUCGAUGAUCGCGGCGACGGUGACGCAACACUACAUCUACAAGCUGGGCAGGUGCGGCAAGCAGGCCAACUACUGUCUGGACGAGUACAACUCGCACUCUCCGAUCUCCGUCUGGGUGCAGGCGUUGCCGUACGUCUUGGGUGGUAUCUCCGAGAUCUUCGCUUCGGUGACCUCGCUCGAGUACGCGUUCACCAAGGCCCCGCGGAACAUGCGGUCCCUCGUGCAGGCCGUCGCGUUGUUCAUGAACGCGUUCUCGUCGGCCAUUGGACAGGCGCUGGUCAGUCUGUCGGAAGACCCGUUGUUGGUAUGGAACUACACGGUGGUUGCGAUUUUGGCGUUCGUCGGCUGCAUUGGAUUCUGGGCGACGAACUACAAGUUGGAUCGCCAAGAGGAUGAGCUGAACAAUUUGCCGCAGAGUCAUUAUGAGGGGCGCGGAGAGGGCGACGUGGAGCGAUGA